AUGGCUGCAAUCGGCACCCAGUACCGACCCGACCCUGAAGCACGAUAUCAUGGCGUUGAAUUCCACGUAUAUUGUGCCAAAACAAUUCUUUUGGCCCUCGAUUGGACAAUACCAGUAAUGCAAGCAGUAUUAAUUACCGAGAUAUUCACUCGAUUCCGUGGUAAAAAAGCCACAGUUCGCCUAUCUCUCCAGUUCGAAGAGUUAUACAGCCGAAUCUAG